UAUACAAGCGCGUGCCCAACCCUACUGCUGCUGCUCCAAAAUAAUUUCUUUUCUUUUUUUUUUUGAAGCACAACGGUGGGGGCUCCGGAGAAUAUAAGGUGGCCAUAUUUGAUAGAUUUGUGUCGGGGUCUGCAAUGCAGAAAGCGAGAGUUGUUGCGUGUGAUCUGGCAAGUGACAGUGACACCAGGACGGAUCCAAUGACAGGGAUAUAAUGUCCUCUCCUCUCCGGUCCUGUGAGGAAGACGAGGGCAUGGUGGUUAAUUCCGAGGGAGGAGAUUUUGAUGAAGAAGACGACGACGGGGACCUGGACGAGAACGCAAGCGACAUAAACUCGCCGGCGGCGCCUCGGGAAACUGCAACACCAGCCGCGCCAGAGGAAGAGGCAGAGCUAUCAGACAGAGAGGUCCCGCUGAGGAAGAAAGGCCGGCCGAAGAAGAAGAAGGACACAAAAAAGAAGGACAAGGAAGGGAAACCUGUCAAAGCAAAAAAACGCAAGAAGAUCGACAGUGAUGUAGAGAGAGACUCGGAUAGAGAAAGAGACUACGGCGAGAACUCGGACAGCAUUGCCAGCGACUAUGGAUCUGGUGAGAAAAAGAAAAAGAAGAAACAUAAAGAAAGGAAAGAGAAGAAAACCAAGAAAAAGAAAAAAGACGACGGGGAUCGAGACAGCAGUCAGGAGGAAACAACGAAGCAACCGUUAGAACAGAAGACCUCGGCCCAGCUGGCGAGGGAGUGGGGCCUGGAGGAUGUCGAUCACAUCUUCACAGAGGAGGACUACAGGGAGCUCACCAACUACAAAGCGUUCAGCCAGUUCAUGAGGCCGAUGAUCGCCAAGAAGAACCCUAAGAUCCCCAUGUCAAAGAUGAUGACCAUCCUGGGGGUCAAGUGGAGGGAGUUUAGCUCUAACAACCCCUUCAAGGGCAACGCUGCUGCUGUGGCGGCGGCGGCUGCUGCUGCUGCCAUCGCUGUUGCCGAGCAGGUCUCUGCAGCGACCGCCUCACCUGAACCGCCAGCUCAGCCUCCACCUGUUAGAAAAGCCAAGACAAAAGAGGGCAAAGGUCCGGGUUACAAGAAGCGCAGUAAAAGUCCUCGAGUUCCAGACAAGAAAAAGGCUUCAGCUGUAGCCAAAGCUAAAAAGAUGGCACCCAUCCGUAUUAAAUUAUCACCUAUCAGUGCCAAGAGGAAGAAGAGCUGCUCGAGCGAGGAUAUGGAUGAGGACGAGUCUGAGCAGGAGGACUCCAGCGUUCACAGCUCCUCGGUUCGCUCUGACAGCUCUGGCCGAGUGAAGAAGAACAAGCGCGGACGGCCUGCCAAGAAGAAGAAGAAAAGUGAAGAGGAAGGGGAUGGCUACGAGACCGAUCACCAGGACUACUGUGAGGUGUGUCAGCAGGGCGGAGAGAUCAUCCUGUGCGACACCUGUCCUCGAGCGUACCACCUCGUCUGCCUUGAGCCUGAGCUGGACAAGGCCCCCGAGGGCAAGUGGAGCUGUCCCCAUUGUGAAAAAGAGGGAAUCCAGUGGGAAGCAAAAGACGAAGACUUUGAGGAUUUUGAGGAGGACAGCGAGGACAGAGUGAUAUCAGAGGUCGGCGUGAGGGUCGCCACUGGGGCGGAGGAGGAAGAUGACGACCACAUGGAGUUCUGUCGGGUGUGUAAAGACGGAGGUGAGCUGUUGUGCUGCGACACCUGUACGUCUUCCUACCACAUCCACUGUCUGAACCCGCCGCUGCCGGAGAUUCCCAACGGAGAGUGGCUGUGUCCACGAUGCACGUGUCCGCAAAUCAAGGGACGUGUACAAAGGAUCCUCCACUGGCGAUGGGGUGAGCCUCCACCUCCCAUUCCCGUUCCACCUGCUCCUGAUGCUCCACCCGACGCCCCACCACCACCACCGAUGAAAGGCAGGGCAGAGAGGGAGUUCUUUGUAAAGCUGACUGGACAGUCCUACUGGCACUGUACCUGGAUCACUGAGCUGCAGCUGGAGAUCUUCCACUCGGUCAUGUAUAGAAACUACCAGAGGAAGACGGACAUGGAUGAGCCUCCCAGCUUGGAUUACGGCUCGGGGGGAGAGGAUGAGAACGGAGUAGGAAAGAGCGAGAAGAGGAGGGCCAAAGACCCCCAGUAUGCCAUCAUGGAGGACAAAUACUACAAAUAUGGCAUCAAGCCCGAGUGGAUGAUGAUUCACCGGAUCAUCAAUCACAGUGUGGAUAAGAAGGGGAUAUACCACUACCUGGUCAAGUGGCGAGACCUCGCCUACGACCAGUGUACAUGGGAGAGAGACGACAUGGAUAUCCCCGACUUUGCAAUUUACAAGGCCAGCUACUGGAAACACAGGGACGCCAUAAUGAAGGAGGACCCAGACAAACCCAGGAAGAUAAGGAACAAGAACUCAGAUGAGGGUGAAGAUGAGUCUCCAGGCUCACCACUCACUGAUCCUACAAUAAAAUACGAGGAGCAGCCAGACUUUGUCACGUCAACGGGCGGCACGCUACAUCUGUACCAACUGGAGGGCCUGAACUGGCUUCGGUUUUCCUGGGCUCAGGGCACUGACACCAUCCUGGCGGAUGAGAUGGGGCUGGGAAAGACCAUCCAGACCAUCGUCUUCCUCUAUUCACUUUUCAAAGAGGGUCACACUAAGGGUCCAUUUCUAGUCAGCGCUCCACUCUCCACCAUCAUCAACUGGGAGAGGGAGUUUGAGAUGUGGGCCCCCGAUUUCUACGUGGUGACGUACACGGGAGACAAGGACAGCCGAGCCAUCAUCAGAGAGAACGAGUUCUCCUUUGAUGACACGGCUGUCAAGGGAGGGAAGAAGGCCUUCAAACUGAGGCGAGAAGCUCCUAUUAAAUUCCACGUGCUGCUGACCUCCUACGAGCUGGUGACCAUCGACCAAACGGCGCUGAAGUCUAUCGACUGGGCCUGUCUGGUGGUGGAUGAAGCUCACCGCCUUAAGAACAACCAGUCCAAGUUCUUCAGGCGUCUGAACGACUACAAGAUCGACUACAAGCUUCUGCUCACAGGAACUCCGUUACAGAACAACCUGGAGGAGCUGUUUCACCUGCUCAACUUCCUCACACCUAACCGCUUCAAUAACCUCGAGGGCUUCCUAGAAGAGUUCGCCGACAUUUCCAAGGAGGACCAGAUCAAGAAGCUCCAUGACCUGCUGGGGCCUCACAUGUUGCGCAGACUGAAGGCCGACGUCUUCAAGAACAUGCCCGCCAAGACCGAGCUGAUUGUCAGAGUGGAGCUGAGCCCUAUGCAGAAGAAAUACUACAAGCUAAUUCUGACCAAAAACUUUGAAGCUCUAAACUCGAAAGGCGGAGGAAAUCAGGUCUCGCUGCUCAACAUCAUGAUGGACCUAAAGAAGUGCUGCAAUCAUCCCUACCUCUUCCCCGUUGCCUCAAUGGAAGCCCCGAAAACACCCAGCGGUGCUUAUGAAGGGUCAGUCCUCACUAAGGCCUCUGGGAAACUGACCCUGUUGCAGAAGAUGCUGAGGAAGCUGAAAGAGCAGGGACACCGAGUGCUGGUCUUCUCACAGAUGACUAAAAUGCUCGACUUACUUGAAGAUUUUCUGGAUUAUGAAGGUUACAAGUACGAGCGAAUUGAUGGAGGCAUCACGGGAGCGCUGAGGCAAGAAGCCAUCGACCGCUUUAACGCUCCGGGUGCUUGCCAGUUUUGCUUCUUGCUCUCCACCAGAGCCGGAGGUUUAGGCAUCAACCUGGCCACAGCGGACACUGUCAUCAUCUUCGAUUCGGACUGGAAUCCUCAUAAUGACAUUCAGGCCUUCAGUCGAGCUCACCGCAUCGGACAGGCCAACAAGGUCAUGAUUUAUCGUUUCGUAACACGAGCCAGCGUGGAGGAGCGUAUCACCCAGGUGGCCAAGAGGAAGAUGAUGCUGACCCACCUAGUGGUGCGCCCGGGUUUGGGAUCCAAGGCAGGCUCCAUGACCAAGCAGGAGCUGGACGACAUCCUCAAGUUUGGGACGGAAGAGCUCUUCAAGGACGAGGGGGAAGGCAUGAAGAACAGUUCAGGGGAUAAAGUUGAGGACGAGGGCAACGUCAUUCACUAUGACAGCACCGCCAUCGAGAGGCUGCUGGACCGAAGCCAAGACGACACAGACGACUCGGAUGUCCAGAACAUGAACGAGUACCUCAGCUCCUUCAAAGUGGCCCAGUACAUGGUGCGAGAAGAAGAUAAGAUCGAGGAGAUUGAGCGGGAGAUAAUCAAACAGGAGGAGAACGUGGACCCAGAUUAUUGGGAGAAGCUUUUGCGGCAUCACUAUGAACAGCAACAAGAGGAUCUGGCAAGCAAACUUGGUAAAGGAAAGAGGAACCGCAAGCCUGUCAACUACAAUGAUGCUGCACAGGAAGACCAAGAGUGGCAUGCUGACAUUUCAGAUAACCAGUCCGAGUACUCGGUGGGUUCUGAGGAGGAGGACGAGGACUUUGAUGAUCGGCCAGAAGGACGACGGCAAUCACGUCGGCAGUUGAGGAAUGACAAAGAUAAACCUCUGCCUCCUCUUCUGGCCAGGGUGGGAGGCAACCUUGAGGUUCUGGGCUUUAACACACGCCAGCGCAAAGCUUUCCUGAAUGCUGUAAUGCGCUGGGGGAUGCCAUCUCAGGAUGCUUUCUCUUCUCAGUGGCUUGUAAGAGACCUCAAAGGCAAGACUGAGAAAGAAUUCAAAGCUUACGUGUCUCUCUUCAUGCGCCACUUGUGCGAGCCUGUUGCUGAUGGAGCCGAGACGUUCGCCGAUGGCGUCCCAAGAGAAGGACUGUGUCGACAGCCAGUUCUCACACGUAUUGGCGUCAUGUCGCUCCUCAAGAAGAAGAUCCAGGAGUUUGAGCACAUCAACGGUCGGUGGAGUCUUCCAGAGCUCAAGUCUGAGGUUAGCAUAGACAAAUCCUCCUCCAGGGCCUCUUCUCCUGCGGUGAAAACCGCCACGCCCACCCCAGAUGCCAGCUAUAACAACACACCGUGCACCUCCAAGCCAGCGACCCCUGCUCCGGUAGAGAAGAUGGAAAAGAACGGGAAGGAGGGAGAAAAGGAGGAGGACAAGGAGGACGUUGAGGCCCUUGUGGAAAAAGAGAAACUGAAGGAGAAGGACAGGGAGAAGGAUGAAGGGAAAGAGGUGGAUGGCAACAAAACUGCAGACCCUACAGAGCUGUCCUACUCCACAAAAGAAACAUCACAACAUGUGUCUUCCGUUCAAAAAACUGAAAGCAAAGACGACAGCAACACGAAAGAGGACGAGAAGAAAGACACAACCGAUAAUCCAGCUGCCUCUACAGAGGAGAAGAAAGUACAGGAGGAGACUAAAGACGAGACUAAACACACAUCUAAGCAGGAUUCAGAAGUCAAAGAGGAGAAAUCAGAAGGAGAAAGGGUUGGGGAGGAGAAAGAGAAAGAAAAAGAAAAGCGGGAGGGAACACCUACCACAACGGAAACAACAGAUGCCAAGGAUAAGACCGAAGUGUCUGAUGUGAAGAAAGCAGAGGAGGUCAAAGGUGAAAAGGAUGCUGGAAAAGAAGUCAAAGCAGCGAAGGAGGAGGCGCCGAAGGGUAACGGGAAGCCUCCGACUGAGCGACCUCGCUUCAUGUUCAACAUCGCAGACGGUGGCUUCACUGAGCUGCACACUCUCUGGCAGAACGAGGAGCGGGCCGCCAUCUCCUCGGGGAAGAUGAACGAGAUCUGGCACCGCCGGCACGACUUCUGGCUGCUGGCGGGAAUCGUGAUUCACGGCUACGCUCGAUGGCAGGACAUCCAGAAUGAUCCCCAGUUCGCCAUCAUCAAUGAGCCUUUCAAGUCGCAGGCGAAUAAAGGCAACUUCCUGGAAAUGAAGAACAAGUUCCUGGCUCGACGCUUCAAGCUGUUGGAGCAGGCGCUGGUGAUAGAGGAGCAGUUGCGGCGGGCAGCUUACCUAAACAUGACCCAGGACCCCAGCCACCCGGCCAUGGCGCUCAAUGCACGCUUUGCAGAGGUGGAGUGCCUGGCGGAGUCACACCAGCACCUCAGCAAGGAGUCCCUGGCGGGAAACAAGCCAGCCAACGCUGUCCUGCACAAAGUGUUGAACCAGUUGGAGGAGCUGCUGAGCGACAUGAAGGCCGACGUGACUCGGCUACCGGCCACGCUGUCCAGAGUCCCACCCAUCGCCGCCCGCCUGCAGAUGUCAGAGAGGAGCAUCCUCAGCCGACUGGCCAGCAAGGGCACAGAGACGCACACACCCCCGCCCAUACCUCCAGGACCCUACGCAACCCCUCAGAACUACGGAGCCCCCUUCACACCCGCACCCCCGAGCGCCCUACACAUGGGAGGGGCCAAUUACAGUCAGAUGCCACCCGGAUCAUUCAUAUCAGUGCUGAACGGGCCUCCCAUGUCUGUAAAGAAGGAGCGGGAAGCAGAGCUGUUAGUCAACCGGCGGGAGCAGCGCAGCGGAGAGGUCAUCUGUAUCGACGACUAAACCACACAGACACGCAUACACGCUCAUACUCACACACUGAAACCCGUCUGCUGCAAAGAUACCUUUGAUUUCUCUCCUAGAAAGUUCUGGCGGUGAAACCAGCGUCGCUGAGCUCCACAUCACAAAGUAAUUGACUGACUGAGGGUGAACUUGUUGACCCGCUAGUGAUUGUAGUUCCUUUCUUUGACACAUACGCACGCAUACAUGCAGAAGUCCUCGAAAAUGUUACUCUGCUGGCUGGUACUCCCUAAAAAGCUAAAGUCACACACAGACACACACACGCAGAGGACAUUAGCACUCACGCACAUGUGCACUUACUGUCCAUGGACACACACCGACAGUACACGCAGUCCAACUUGUCUCAAAAAACUUCCUGUGACCUUUUCUUGUCUGCCUCAAACCAUUAUACUCCUCAUAAACGGCCUCCUCGCAGCGGCCUCCUCCUCCUCCUUUAGGGAUGCUUCUAACCUCACACAAAUGCAAGCAUAAACACACACACACACGCACGCAAACACAACGCUAAACCCACCUCAAUCCUAGAAACCUUUUUAGAUUUCUCAAAUAGACCAUGUAACCUUCUUCUUCCUCCUCCUCCCCUUCUGCUCCUAUAACCCUCGACAGGAAGCUGCAUGUGAAACUAAACUCAUUUCUGCCAUUGCACUCCAUCUGCCCCCCCACCCCCCUCCCGAAGCAUGCUCUAAUCACAAUAAUGCUGUCUCGUGAGAAAGGAAGAAAAAUAUAUAUAUACGUCAAGCUGUGCCUACAGUCGUUUUAAUACUGUUUCUAACUCUCAGAGAAAGGCUGAAUCUCCGAUGUCUCAGUCCAAGCAGCUCCAAGCACAGCUCCGGCUUCUUCUUCUUUCAUUUUUUGUUUUGUUUUUUUUAACCUUCACUUUGUCUCGAUGGUACAUGUUCCGAUAAAACACACGCAGAAAGGUAUGAUGCAUAUAUUCAGGACUCGUCUGACCACAAAGUAUUUCCCGACACGCCAUCCCGCUUCCCCUCGUUCCUAGUUUAUGUACAGAGCUUUGAGGUAUUUGGGGGGUUUGUUCCAGAAAAAGGUUUUUCAGAAACCUCCUAUGAAUGUUUAUAACCUUUCAUAAGCAAGUCAGUGUUAUUAAAUCCUAUCGACCACCCUCAGCACUCCUCCCUCCUUUCCUUCCCUCCCCGUGCCCCCUUCAAUCAACCCUUUUUUUUCUGUAUUUUUUUCAUUUCCAAGUUUCUUUUUUCUUUCUACAAAAUCCUGUGAUAUACAGUAAUUUACAUAUUUAAACAGCUCAUUCGUGUUCUCUUGUGUUUUUACUCUCGCAAUUAUGAGUAUUGUUGUUGUCGAUGUUGCUGUUGUUCUCGCCGUUGCUAUUUGAGAAAGAGCUUCUACCAAAAGACAUUUUUUGUAACAAGAAACUAUGAAAAACAACACAGUAUGUGCGACACACGGUGCACCUCUUCGCCAUGUUUGUCCGAUGAUUACGAAAGACUGUAAACGAAGAAGUUGAGCUAACUUCAGAAGUAGAUAUAUUACAUGAAAACUUUUUUUUUCCUCCCCCCUCGCUUCCAUUUUAGAUUUGGGGCUUGCAAAUGACGUACAUGUAUAGAAAACGGGACAUGUGUAACCCUAAAUGCUUCUAUGAGCAAAAUGAAAAUGCAUACUAUCUAACUCUAGGAAAAAUACAGUCAUCCUGAAAAAUUCCACUUAAUAUGCCGCAUCAUUUAAUAAAAAGCCUUAAUAAAGAAAUGUAAAGUCAUUAAAAUGAAUUAAGAACCU